AUGUAUGCAUUGUUUGCUACUUCUCUCUUUCUAUCUAUCUCUCUCUCUUUCUCUUUAGAUCUCUCUCUCUCUCUCUCUCUGUCUUUUGUUCUCUCUUUGUUACUUUUCUCUAUCUGCUAUUAUCUAUUCUGUCUUUGCUAUAUUUUUCUCCUUUUCUCUCUCUCUCCGUCUGGUACCUUUUCUCUCUCUCUCUCUCUAUCUUUGCUAUUUUAUCUCUCCCUCUCUAUCUAUCUCUCUCUAUCUCUGCUACUUUAUCUAUCUCUCUCUAUCUCUGCUACUUUAUCUAUCUCUCUCUAUCUCUGCUACUUUAUCUAUCUCUCUCUAUCUCUGCUACUUUAUCUAUCUCUCUCUAUCUCUGCUACUUUAUCUAUCUCUCUCUAUCUCUGCUACUUUAUCUCUCUCUCUCUAUCUCUGCUACUUUAUCUCUCUCUCUCUAUCUCUGCUACUUUAUCUCUCUCUCUCUAUCUCUGCUACUUUAUCUAUCUCUCUCUAUCUCUGCUACUUUAUCUAUCUCUCUCUAUCUCUGCUACUUUAUCUAUCUCUCUCUAUCUCUGCUACUUUAUCUCUCUCUCUAUCUCUGCUACUUUAUCUCUCUCUCUCUAUCUGCUACUUUAUCUAUCUCUCUCUAUCUCUGCUACUUUAUCUCUCUCUCUCUCUCUCUAUCUCUGCUACUUUAUCUAUCUCUCUCUAUCUCUGCUACUUUAUCUAUCUCUUUGCUACUUUAUCUCCCUCUCUCUCUAUCUCUGCUACUUUAUCUCUCUCUCUAUCUCUGCUACUUUAUCUCUCUCUCUAUCUCUGCUACUUUAUCUCUCUCUCUAUCUCUGCUACUUUAUCUCUCUCUCUAUCUCUGCUACUUUUUCUCUAUCUCUCUCUCUCUGCUACUUUUUCUCUAUCUCUCUCUCUCUCUGCUACUUUUUCUCUAUCUCUCUCUCUACUUUUUUCUCUCUCUCUCUCUCUCUCUGCUACUUUUCUCUCUCUCUCUCUCUCUACUUUUCUCUCUCUCUCUCUCUGCUACUUUUCUCUCUCUCUCUCUCUGCUACUUUUUUCUCUCUCUCUCUCUGCUUCUUUUCUCUCUCUCUCUCUCUCUGCUUUUCUCUCUCUCUCUCUCUGCUACUUUUCUCUCUCUCUCUCUCUGCUACUUUUUCUCUAUCUCUCUCUCUGCUACUUUUUCUCUAUCUCUCUCUCUGCUACUUUUUCUCUAUCUCUCUCUCUGCUACUUUUUCUCUAUCUCUCUCUCUCUGCUACUUUUUCUCUCUCUCUCUCUCUGCUACUUUUUCUCUAUCUCUCUCUCUGCUACUUUUCUCUAUCUCUCUCUCUGCUACUUUUUUCUAUCUCUCUCUGCUACUUUUCUCUCUCUCUCUCUGCUACUUUCUCUAUCUCUCUCUGCUACUUUUCUCUAUCUCUCUCUCUACUUUUUUUCUCUAUCUCUCUCUCUGCUACUUUUUCUCUAUCUCUCUCUCUGCUACUUUUUCUCUAUCUCUCUCUCUGCUACUUUUUCUCUAUCUCUCUCUCUGCUACUUUUUCUCUAUCUCUCUCUCUGCUACUUUUUCUCUAUCUCUCUCUCUACUUUUUUCUCUAUCUCUCUCUCUGCUACUUUUCUCUAUCUCUCUCUCUACUACUUUUCUCUAUCUCUCUCUCUACUACUUUCUCUAUCUCUCUCUCUCUCUUUUCUCUAUCUCUCUCUCUCUCUUUCUCUCUCUCUCUCUGCUACUUUUCUCUAUCUCUCUCUCUGCUACUUUUCUCUCUCUCUCUCUCUCUGCUACUUUUCUCUCUCUCUCUCUCUGCUACUUUUCUCUCUCUCUCUCUCUUUUCUCUAUCUCUCUCUCUGCUACUUUUCUCUAUCUCUCUCUGCUACUUUUCUCUAUCUCUCUCUCUGCUACUUUUCUCUAUCUCUCUCUCUGCUACUUUUCUCUAUCUCUCUCUGCUACUUUUCUCUAUCUCUCUCUCUCUCUUUCCUUUGUUCUCUCUUUGCUACUUUUCUCUCUAUCUCUCUCUCUCUGUCCUUUGUUCUAUCUUUUUCUCAUUUCUCUAUCUCUCUAUUAUAUCCUCUCUCCGUCUAUUUUCCUCCUUUUCUCUCUCCGUCUGGUACCUUUUCUCUCUCCGUCUGGUACCUUUUCUCUCUCCGUCUGGUACCUUUUCUCUCUCCGUCUGGUACCUUUUCUCUCUCCGUCUGGUACCUUUUCUCUCUGGUACUUUUUCUCUCUCUCCCUGGUACUUUUUUUUCUCUCUCUCUCUCUUUUCUCUCUCUUUUUCUCUCUCCCUGCUACUUUUUUCUCUCUCUCUCUCUCUGCUUUUUUUCUCUCUCUCUCUCUCUGCUACUUUUUCUCUCUCUCUCUCUCUGCUACUUUUUUCUCUCUCUCUCUCUCUCUGCUACUUUUUUCUCUAUCUCUCUCUCUCUGCUACUUUUUUCUCUAUCUCUCUCUCUCUGCUACUUUUUUCUCUAUCUCUCUCUCUCUGCUACUUUUUCUCUAUCUCUCUCUCUCUGUCCUUUGUUCUCUCUUUGUUACAUUUCUCUAUCUGCUAUUAUAUCCUCUGUCUUUGCUAUAUUUUUCUCCUUUUCUCUCUCCGUCUGGUACCUUUUCUCUCUGCUACUUUUUCUCUCUCUCCCUGCUACUUUUUUCUCUCUUUCUCUCUCUGCUACUUUUUUCUCUCUUUCUCUCUCUCUAUCUCUGCUAA